ACCUGUGGGCGGACGACUGGAAACGAAGUCGUCCCACGUGCCCCAACUCCCCAAAGCGGCAGCCGCUCGCCGCCGGCGAAAUGCUCACCUACCCCAGCGAUUAUCGGGGUUAUCCUCCGCAGCACGUGGCGGUACCCCCCUUCUCUUCCGCCGCCGCCCCCUUCACCGUGGACGGGCUCCAUCCCGCGGACCAAACAUUCCCCAGCCCUAGCCUCGAUGCCCCCGGCGUCACUUCCCUCUACGCGACGGGCGAGUGGGGGAAUGCGUCGUGGAUGGAAGCCCCCGUGAGAUACAUGGCCCCGGACGCCGCCGCUUCCGCCUCACCAGGGUAUACUGGACAUUAUCAUCUGAAUAAGGAUCCUUCAGGCCCUGCGAGAAGUCCCAUCGGCUGUGCUUCUUCGUUUCCUGUCAAGAGUCUGACAAGUGAAAACAUACUUGGAAAUAUUUCCCGUCAAGCAGCAGAGGCAGAGGAAAGUGCACACACUCAAAUACUUGCAAAAGAAGGUCAAGAACACUCUCACUGUCAUCCAGAUGCUGAGGAGAACUUGUUGCAGAUGUCUGACUCCAGCUCUAGGAAUCAGGCAAAGUUUCUGAAGCUAAUACACAAUUUGUCAGUAGUGCUUCUGUCUACUUGCAAUGGUGGUUCUUCAUUACAGGAAUAUGAAGAGGAGAUUCUGAAAUCUGUUAUUCGAAAUCUUAAAGCUGCUUCUUCCAAAGGGGGCAAGGCUACAUUAAAAGGUGAUGAUUGUUUGAGGGACUCCAGUCAAAUCAGUUGCUUGAGAAACAAUUUGUUGGUGGCAAUCCCUGAACACUCAGUGUCAGAGAGCACAGAUUCAGAAUUUAAGACAUCUAUUUCACAGGCUCUUUCUAAGCUCCCAGAGGAUAAUAUGCUAGAUGAUACUGAAGUUUCUCAAGUGUCAAUUUACAAAAAAUUAUGGUUUGAAGCAGAAGCUUCGGUGUGUAAACUCAAAUAUGAGCUUCAGCGUGCCUGUAUGAAGCUUGCAACAUUGAAAGUUUUCAGCAACACACAAACGGUUCCAACUGACCCGUCAGAAAGUGAUAAAGCCUCCAGAGUAACCGUAUCUGAUGGCCAACCCCAUAAUCAUGCCAAAGACCGCAGUUCCUGUGCUGCGACCUUGCAAUGUCAUGGAGGAGGUAGUGAUGGCAGACAAUCUUCUGUGAUAAAUAGAGUGACGACUCAACAGUCCACUUGUGUUUUGGCUGCUCAAGUCCUGGCUGCUUCCCCAGUGCGUCGGCCACCUGCAUUGGUGCCACAGCCUUACCCAGUCGCGCCCAACAAUCCUUCAGGGCCAUACUGUGGUUACUGUCACAAGUUGGGGCUCACCCCUCAUCCGUGCUACAAGAAGAAUGAUCAAGGACACAAGAUUUUUAGUGGCACCUCUUCUCCUUCAGUUCCAUGCCAGAGCUCCUCCACCGGACAGGAGCUUCUCACUGAACCACCACCACCUCCUCCUUCAGAUAUAUUAUCUCCAAGGUCCAUCAUUGCUACAAAUAAGAGCAUCGUAAAUGGUGUUGAAGCUGAAACAUUUGCUCAAAUGAAAGUUCUAGAAUCCCAUAUUGACAACAUAAGCUCUUUGGGUGAGAGUAAGUGUGAGAGGCAGCAAGAACCUAGCAAGGGAUCAUAUGCCGUUGAAGAUGAUGUUUUGUCCAGGCUGAGAAUUUUGAAGUCCCGCCCUGAUUAUAUAACCUCGUUGGGUUUGGAAAGCAGCAACCAUCAGCUAGACACAAAUAUAGAUGCAUCAGACAAGGUUGAUGAAAUGUUUGCUCCAAUGAAAGUUUUGGAGUCCCUCUUUGACAAAAUAAGCCCUUUAGGUGAGAACAAGUGUGAAGAGCAGGAAAACGAAAGCGACGGAUCAUAUCCAAUCGAAGAUGCUGUUUCGGCGAGGCUACUGAUUUUGAAGUCCCGUGCUGAUAAUAUGACCUCUCUUGGUCUGGAAAGCAGCAAGCAGCAGCUAAAUGCAAACACUGACAUUUCAGAUGAGGUUGAAGAUGCUGUCAUGGCUAGGCUUGGAAGUUUGAAGUCCCAUCCUGAUGUGGAGGCAUCCUCGAUUGGAGUUGUUGAAGGUGUGGAGGAGGAUCCUUGUGCUGUGGGACUGCCGGUCUCUAGUUGUCAGCUACCUCCAUCUCCUGCUGCAGUGUCCCAUCCUGAUGUGGAGCCGUGGAGGCAUCCUCGAUUGGGGUUGUUGAAGGUGUGGAGGAGGAUCCUUGUGCUGUGGGACUGCCGGUCUCUAGUCGUCAGCUACCUCCAUCGCCUGCUGCAGUGUUCGAGAAAACAACAUUGCUAUCGGCUACCAAACCACCAGAGGGCACUGGAGAGACUCCAGCCAUCCUGAUCUCGUCGUCUAAAAAAGCACCGCCAUUGUCCACACUUAAAGAUGCACCUUCACUGAUGGAGAAAGAUCUUUCAGGGCUGGCAGACGAUGCCCUGGAUUCGGUUGUGCUCCAAGAAGCCCGGGACUUGGCACAGAAGACUGCAAAGGUUAAGCGCCAUCCGCACGGUCCUACGCCAAGAAGAUUUCAUCUACCUUCCACCGUCAAAAUAAAGUGUCCCAUCUCGGAGCAGAGGGCACUGGCUAUAUUGCUUAGGAGGCUGGGCAUGAUAAAGAAGGAUGAAGUGGAUGAACGUGCCAUGGACAGAUGUUUGGCGGUCUUGGGGGCUUCUUUUCCUAAAAGCUUGCUCCAGGCUAUUUUCUGCGGUUCAAACAUCGUGAAGGAGUUAUGGGGUAUCUCGGCCCGCGAUUGUUACCUUCUGAUUUCCCCUUCCCUGUUUGUGGUGCAACCUCGCAAUAGCUAGGGGGUCGUCGUAAACCACCUUGUUGAGUAGCUAGGUGUUAUUGUAGUGUUGUCUCUUGCUGGUGUCUGGGUAGAUAGUUUGGUGAUCGUAGACCGAAAAACCAUGUUUGGCCUCGAACUGUGGGGAAUUGUCAUGUUUGCAGAGCAGGGUCUCAAGAAACCUCCUCGGUCUCCUCUUUCA